AUGGUGACUCCUUUGAAUUUGGUCGACUGGUACAUUGAGAUGCUCAACCAGGUCAAUAUUAUCCGCGCCAAAGCAGACAAGGCGGCGGUCACUCAUAGUAAUCCCACGGGUACGCUUGGCGAGCGAUGCACCCGGGCUGGUGUCAAAUGGUGGGGCAUUGCGGAGAACGCUGCUGGGGGUCAAAGAGACGUUACCUCGGUUGUUACCGCUUGGAAGAAUAGCAAGGGACAUUAUGAAAAUUUGAUAGUUGAGCAAAAAUACCUUGGUUGUAAGGUUGAUACAGCCGGCCAGUCAGCCAGCUGA